UUCCGCCUCCAUAGGUGUCAUGGUGACCUUACUGCCGCUUCAUUUAAGUGCUUCCGGUAGAGGUGGUGCUUCCGGCGGGAUGACGACAGCGCUUCUAGUAGCAUUGGUGGCUGGUGGGGGCGGGGCUUCUCUCCACUUCCUAUUUCCGGGCGGGGGGGCGUGGCCCGGUGUGGAGGUUGUUGAUGCUGUUGGGGAUCCUGCUGGAACCCCUUCCAGCACCGCUAUGAGCCUGCAGUGGACUGCUGUGGCCACCUUCCUCUAUGCUGAGGUCUUUGCCGUGCUGCUGCUCUGUGUUCCCUUCAUCUCUGCAACCAGGUGGCAGAAGAUCUUCAGGUCCCGCUUAGUGAGGGCCGUGGUGACCUAUGGGAACACAUUCUUCAUCGUUCUCAUUGUAAUCCUCAUUCUGCUUCUAAUUGAUGCGGUGCGGGAGAUCCGCAAGUAUGACGAGGUGCCCGAGAAGGUCUCUCUCCAGCACAGCCCAGGAGCACUGGAGCACGUGCACAUGAAGCUCUUCCGUGCCCAGCGCAACCUUUAUCUGGCUGGCUUUGCUCUGCUGCUCUCUUUCCUACUGCGGCGCUUGGUGACACUGCUGUCCCAGCAGGCCUCACUCCAGGCCUCCAAUGAGGCCUUCAGGAAACAGGCGGAAGGGGCCAGUGAAGCAGCCAAGCGCUACAUGGAGGACAAUGACUGUCUCAAGAAGCUGAAGCUGGCCGGCGUGGAUGUAGCUGAGCUGCCCCCCAAGGAUGUGGGGGCCCAGGAGGAGAAUGAGACUCUCAAGGUCAAAGUGCAGAAGCUCAAGGAUGAGCUGGCAACCAGCAAACGCACCCUGGAGAAGGCAGAGAACGAGGUCCAGGCCAUGCGGUGCCAGGCUGAGGGGCUGACCAAGGAGUAUGACCGGCUGCUGGAGGAGCAUGCCAAGCUGCAGGCCGAGCACUCUGGACCCAAGGACAAGAAGGAAGAGUGAGCACUUCCCUUGCUGCUGUGUGGGGGCCUGCUGAAGACCCUGCCUUCUCCAUGUCAUCACCACCCCCCUCUGGGUCCUGGGGAGCUCCAUCCAUCACAGCCUUGCCCCUCCCCCUUCUUAGUUUGUGGGGGGAGAGCUGCUCUGUACAGGAGUUGGGGGAGCCUGGUUUCCCCUUCUCCCCUGUGGGCUUGUGUCUUCCCCCCCAGGGAUUUUUUUUUUUUUUUUUUUUUAACAGCAUCAGUGCUUUUGGCUUCAAUAAAGGACAUGGGAACCAGGUGCUAACUGGACUCUGUGUGCAGGGGGAGGGUAGUUGCCUGGGUUUUCUUAGUGGGGAUGGGGCUGGGAGCCUGGACACUUAGAUUCUCUGUGGGGUGGAGUGUGACUCCCUGGCUAGGCCCAGCUUCAAUGCCUGGGUUAUUUUCUUGCUAUUGGGUGAGGACUGUGACUCAGGGAACCUCAGCCAUCUGGGUUCCCUCCCUUAUUCUGGAGGAGGGGCAGAGCUGAGAGCCUAGAAACCCAAGUCCAUUUCUCAUCUUAGCUAGUCAUGGCCUGGAAUCUCCCCUCCCUCUCCCACUGGGACAGAUCCCUAGUGACCCUCACAUGGUUGCAUCCCAUGGCUCUGACUCGGCCCUGCUCCCCCGCAACCCUUCAUCUUUUCCCAGGACACUCAAGUUCCCUUUGCCCUGGUAGGGAACUCAGGGCCUGAGCCAUGCUGGGGACUCAGAUGCAUAUCUCCCAGCCAGGAUGAGCACUGGGGCAUCUAGGCCCACGACCUGCCCCUUAAAACAUAUGCACAGACUUGGAGCAGCUUAGACACUCAUCAGCGUUUAUUGCUUUAUGUAGAGAUGGGGGUUUAUUGCUUUAUGUAGAGAUGGGGGUAUUUGCCCUCCACAGAUGGCAUUUGGGUAUUUGCCCCAGGGGGUUGUUGGUGUGGGUAUUUGCCCCCAUGGAGGAUAGUUGGGUGGGUUUUGACUCUGGGGGUUACUUGGAGUGGGUCUUACCCCCAAUCUGACCCCAAGGGGUAACUUGCCCGUCAGCAGGGCCUUUUGCUGGGUAUUUAAUGCCCCCCCCAGGAGUAGGUGGGGGGAGGGGGGAGUCUUGCCGUUGGAGAGGCAGGAAGCAGUGCAAUUGCAAAGGACCAUGCUUCCAUGGGUUCCCUCCCCACCCUCCUGUCAUGAUUAUGCAGGCAGCAAUGAGCUGGGUUCUUCAGUGAGCCUGGACAAAUGUGCCCCCCUCUUUAUUUGCCCCUUCACCCCCUUUAACAAAUUCAUUGGUUUUAAGGAGUUGCUUCCAAGCAGCAGAGAUGCAUAUAUUUACAUAUCAUUGAGCUAAUUAACAGGGGGGGUCUCUUCCCCUUCAUUAAGCAAUUAAAAAAACCCAACAAGAAUCAGCUGAUGGAGGUGCCUAAGGGUGCCCCCCCUCACCCUUCCCCUCCCUGUCCCCUCACACCUUUUGCCCAAAUGCCUGGGUUCCUUGCCAUCUGCGUACCUGGCUCGUGGCAGGUGCUGGGCUGGGAAUGGGAUGUGGAGCCAGCCACGUCCCAGGUUGUUCUAUGUGGCCAACUGGGGGCCUUCCAGAGCCAGCCCCUGCCCCCUGCAGUCAAGUGGGGGGAGAACCUAGGUCUCUGCAUUCCUCUAGUCUCAAACUCUUCCCCUCCCAAAGCCAGGAGUGAAUGCAGGUGUCCAGGCCUGCCGCCCACCCCACCCUGCCCCCCCGGCCUCAAGCGAAAAAAAGAACCCAGGCACCUGGGUCCCCUGCUCUCAUCUGCUCUUCUGUCAGAGCCCAAAGAGAACCCAGGUGUCCCACCACCACACCUCAACCCAAUAACAAAGAUUUUAAUUUAAAAAAUAAGUUCCCUUUUCAUUCUAUUUUUGAAAAAAAAAACCAUUAUAAUAGAAUUGGCUGAUUUAAGUAAUUAAUUGCUCUUUCUCCUUACAAAAAAAAAA